UCUUCAUUGUGGAGAUACUUCCAGGUCGCCGCGGCGCAACAUCGCCCUCUACUGCCCCGGACGUCGAAUGACAUGUCUGCCUUUGUCACCGACAACCAGGCGAGUCUCAGACAGUCGAUCCGUCCGGUCCGCCCGUGGCGCUCGUUAGCCAGUCAGUCAGUCAGCCAGCCAGCAACAAGCCAACCGCCUGAAUGUAGAUCCGCAUGGGCUACUACUACUCCUUCUCUCCGAAUAACCCAGCGGAACCAUAAGUCACGGAUCCCAGGAUGGUGUUAGUGCAUGUCGGAUAUCUGGUUCUACCCGUAUUCGGCUCAGUAAGAAACAGAGUAUGGAGGCUGGCUCUACAUUCUGCAUUUAUCAGAUCUUUGUCGUCCCCCCCAUUGUGUAGCUAAUGAUCAUCUGCUGCUGUGUGGUGUGGCGUGGCCUCUGCCUGUUCUCUGCAUUUAGCUGUAUUGUGAAUCCCUUCUUCAUUUCCUCUUUCCAUCAGAAGACGACAUUGGUAUUAAAAAAAAAGAAAAAGAAAAAAGCACACCCCCCCUCUCCUCCUCCUCCCGAGAUGUAUUCAGCCAUAGACUUUCCAUGUUGAGCUACAACAACAGCUAACACCUAGAACAGAGCACCUUUUUUUGUCUUUUUUCCUGUCAAGUUGCUGUAGCACUGAGUUAACAUUUUUAGCUUCUUCUUUUCUUUUUUUUUUUAGAUGUCAGUUGAAUGUCAUUGUGUACCUUCCCAUCCAGUCUUGAUAGACAACAUGCUGUAAAUUCCUGUAAAGUGGAUACAUUUUGCAUGAUCUCAAACACUGCACUGCAUUCUUGAACACCAGAAUUCGGCUCAUCUUUCCUUCUCUUCACACAAGGUGCAAUGUACGUGAUAAAAAAAAAAGAGACCUAUGAUUGAGAGACAAAAAAAAGCAUGCCAAUUGGAACCACAUGCGUGCCAUUUUUUAUUAAUGUGUAACAUUACAGCAAACGCUGUAACAUGAUCACUUGAGAGUGACUUAAGGUACACUGCACCUGCGCACAACAACCUGCCAUAACUGUCUCCAUUUUUGUGUAAUCCUUUUUGUUCCCUUUGCAAAUUUCAGGCUUUCGAAUCACACUGAAUUGUCAGGGCCGUUUGCCAUUUAACGGGCAAAUGAACCUAACUCUAUAAGUAAUCAAAACAUGCUCACUGGUGGUUCAUCACUUACCUAUUUUUCCCCACUAACAUACGGCCAAAAUGCUAUCCAUUUCACAGGGAUGCCUAUUUUCCUGCACUGCUAAAGAGAUCCUCUAUUAGUAAUAACGUCUUUAUUGUUUGGUUGUGGUCUCUCUUUACCUUUUGUUCUGGUAAUAGUACUUUCAAUGCAUGGUCACAUUUAUGAUUCAUAAUUUUUGUUUUUUGUUUUUCUACAUUGACUAGUGAAAAUCCAAUGUAAUCUUUCUGUAGUAAAGAUGUACCCUGCUGUACUGGAAUCAUGUGCUGUAGCAAACACGUCUGCUCAUUGGAUGCUGCUUUUGUUCUUUUUAACCCUAUAUGGAGCAUGGUGGGCCUUGCCUUCAGUCUAUGUUGUUUAUUUUUGUUGCAUGGAAUUAUACUAUUAUUACAAAACCAACAAAAGAAAACACAAAUUCCACAUAUACUAAUAUUUUUCAAUAAAGAAUAUAGUGUUUUUCCUAACCUUCAGUGUGCUUCUUGCUGAUUUCCAUUUAUUGUCCUCCCACUCCCUUGUCCCUACCUGCCCCCCUCUCCACCCCACACCCCCACCCCCACCCACCCACCUCCCCUCCUGCUGUGACAAAGAUAGACGAUUUCCACGCUUCCUCCAUCACAGGGCCUGAAUGAGUCUAUCUGCUGUCAUUCAUGGUGAUCGUUUUCACUGAGAUGCUUGAAAACGCAGUGUGCUACUUAAAAUCUAGACUUGAGCCUUUGACCCCACAGCGGCAAGGUCAUCUGUUGUCUGCUCGGCUACACUGGCGACCUCAUAAGCUGAAAAAAAAUACUGCUGGAAAAAUCAUACCGCUUAUCUUUACCAGGGUGUGUUUUUAAAAAUCAUACUGCCUUUCUCAAGCUUACUCCUAGUAAAUGCAAUGUAGACUUUGCCUAUUUCCUCAUGAUUUUCUGAAAGAUUUCCACUGUUUACAUCAGGAUUCGUUAUGUAUUUUACACUGUCAAAGCAGAUUAAACUAAAUCUGUGCAGGGGAUUUUUUUUCAUCUCCUGCAAGAACGUCACAAUUUUAAUCUCUAAACUGGCAGGUUUCUGUAAAAUUCACUGGUUCAGAUUCUGCCAAAUGGACAUAACAGAGUGCAGUAACGUUGACUCCUGUUCCACUGCGAGUCUACUGUGGCUUCUUUUGGCCACGGUUUCCUCAAAGGUUUCUAAUCAAAGCUACAUUUGUUACUGCAGUGUCAGUCCUUCCAUAAUCAAAAAAAAGGGGUAUUUUUCGGCCAAAGCACAGUAUUAAUACCAUAUUGCACCACAGCACAAGCUACCCUGUCUUAUUCUCCCUGUUGAGUCUUGACAGCAGUCUGUUUGGCACAGUUGCCAAAUAGCUGUGGUUGGAGAGAGUAAAAAAAGCAUUCAAGCUAUUUCCUCUCGACUCUUGAAUGUUCUUAUGGGAGAGGGACUUGUAGAGCUUUACUGUAUGUGUAAGGCACAAAGAGACAGGAGUAAAGGGGAAGGACCCAUAAUGAUGUGAAUUUCUUUUUCUGGUUUAAUUUGUCAAGAAAGAGGAAAUUGUUCUUAACGGUUGUAUAGAACAGUUUAAUGUAACAUAUAUCCCGCAGACAGCCCAGGUACUAAAGGUUUACCUGCGUGAGUGCACUGACCCGCUGUCGGCGGCAGAAUGUACAAGAACUGAGCUGCGUUGAAGACCAUACAAUGGUCGAUUUCAUCUGCUCUGAUCCGGUGCGCUUGUCUGUGAAUCAGAAGACCAGGAGUCAAUCCCGAGGUCGGAAAUUCAGUUACAGAAACGAAAAGCUCACGUUCUGUGCGCAGGACCGAAAAUGGUUGUCAUGUUCAUGGUACUUGUGGUAACCAUCAUUUUCCCACCCCCACAGAAGUGUUUUUCACCCUAGGAUCCCAUUUCAACCGGCAACAGCAGCAACAGCAGCAGCAGCACAGCCAUGCUACCUCUUGCCGGCACUUCCAGUUAGGUCCUCAGGCGCCGCUGCCCAUGGACUUCCCCAUGCCCCACCCAGGGCAGCCACAGUCAGGCAUGAACCCCCACAUGGCCCCUCCAGGCCACCAGCAUGGCCCGCCGCUCCACCCACCCCUCAAUACCCUUCCUACUCCCCAGUUCCAGGACAUCCCCGCCCCUCCCUUCCUACCUCAGGCAUUACACCAGCAAUACCUCCUCCAGCAGCAGAUACUCGAGGCCCAGCACCGACACAUCCUGCCACCCUCAAGACGCACCCAAGAGAGAGUUCCUCACCAGCCCCACAGAUUGCGGCCUGGCUACGAGUUUGCUCCCCCGCUCCAUGUCCCCCCUCAGCCUGUGGUGCAGCAGCCCCGCUACCUGGCUGAGGGCACAGACUGGGAUCUAAGUGUAGAUGCUGGACUGCCGCCCCACCAGUACCACAUCCAUCCACUGCCACAGCACUAUCAGCACUACUUGACCUCUCCUAGGAUGCACCACUUCCCUAGAAACAAUGCCUCAACACAAGUGGUUGUCCAUGAGAUCAGAAACUACCCAUAUCCCCAGCUGCACUUGCUGGCUCUGCAGAGUCUCAACCCCUCCCGCCACGCGUCUGCUGUUAGAGAGAGCUACGAGGAGCUUCUGCAGCUGGAGGACAGACUGGGCAGUGUCAACCGAGGAGCGGUGCAAACUACCAUAGAGAGAUUCACUUUCCCCCAUAAGUACAAAAAGAGAAUACCCCAGGACCUGAAGAUGUGUCUGGAUGAUGAGGAGCUGGACACAGAUGAGAAGUGCACCAUCUGUCUGUCGAUGCUGGAGGACGGAGAGGAUGUCAGGAGAUUACCCUGCAUGCACCUCUUCCACCAGGCGUGUGUGGACCAGUGGCUGGCCACCAGCAGGAAGUGCCCCAUCUGCAGAGUGGACAUUGAGACCCAGCUGACCCCCGACAGUUGAUAGCUCCUGUCGAUCUCCUGCAGCUUUGGAUCUGGUCUUGUUAAUUCUCCAUCGCCCUCCUCCUGUCUAGGGGGGGAAGCUCUGCCAAACAUCCCUCUUCCCCUCUGCGUCACUCAGUGAGCCUGCCUUCUGAGACGGCUGCGACAGAGGGAUCAACAAAGCACACUCACCUACAACACAACGAGGGACCGGGGCGUUGAUGCACAGAUUUGUGGCCGGACUGAAGGUUGGUCGAAUGGACUUUGCUGGAUGUGAAAGGAAGCAGUGGACACGUAUGGACAGAUGUGCUGAGGCUUCACACGCUUCUGUCAGAUUGUGUACCCUGCAUACAUCCACAGAGAGAGAGAGAGAGAGAGGACACUCUGACUACCAACCUCCCCAGCUCAGUGUGGUGUAUUAAGGCCAUUUCUCUGCCACAACAUCUAAACCCUGACCCCCCCCCAGGCCUGUGAAAAAUCCUUUAAGCUGCACUCUGCCCAAGCCCUCAGCACAUCUGUACAGAACAUUAUCAAAUGAUUAGCAUGAGGUUGUUUGGUGUGAACUCUUGUAGCUGAAUGCUUGUGGUGUAAUGGAGUAUAGUACUGAAAUAAGUAUUUACAGAGUAACAGUGUUGUGUAGCAAGCAAAAGCCUUUUUGAGAAAAAUGUUUGUCCAAAAUAAAACCCACAGAGAGGGUGUGUUAAAUCAUAGGCAACGGGAGAAAGAGCUAGUUGUGUAAAAAAGGCCAAAAAUCCCUCUUUCUUGUCGAACAUGGUUUUGGAUUUACGGUCAGUAGACGCCGUCGGAGUUUGAUGCUGAACCCGCUGACUGCAGGCAUGGCUUCCAGUGAUCUGUGUAGGUGUCGUAGUCGGGCCUCUAUAAUCUAGAGCAGAGGCCUCGGAUGUGCAUGCUGUAUGGCAGGCUUGGGCUGUGUCGUUAAUAUUGUGGAGCAGUAGAAACAGGGACUGUGUCUGUGCAUGUGAAAGCGUAUACUAUGACUCUUGGCGAUCCCACUCAUUCAUAGAGGACAAGAAUGCACCCCCGAUAUACCCCACCCUCCCCACACCCCACUCCCCUCCCUACACCCCACUCAUUCCCGAGUUCGACCAAAGUUGCCCUUGGACACCGAUCUCGGACAGAUGUGGCGUUUCUCUCCUGGUGUUUGUGAUCGGGAUUCAAAGAGCUGCUCAGUCGGAAUCCGUGUCUAACAGCAACUCCUCUGUGUCGCCUCACUCAUGGCAUGAUCGUGAUCGUGAGAGGCCGGCAUGGGCUCGAGGAUGCAGUGCCUGAGUCUUGCCAUCAGAGUGAUGGUGGAAUCUGACACUUGUAUCACCUAUUACCAGAACCUUAUUGCCUAUCGAACAAGCACAUGUGAUUUCUAUAUACGGUGAAUUGCCUCUGUUGUGUAUCGGCUCCUCUCAUUUCAAUCUAAGUUGCUCCCGCUGUUUGAUUCAAAAAGACUGUCUGGUGUUACAGGGAAAAAUAACAAACUAGUUUGCCUGUGAUAUGUGCUAGAAUGUGUAUGAUUGUCCCCACAACCCCUCUCUCCCAUGGUAGUAGUGUGCGGUAUUGCUAGAACAACUGUGAUAACGUUCAGUGAUAUAAGCCGUUUUCUCUAUAUAUCAUGCAUGAACCAUGUCGGCAUAGUUCACUUGAAGGAGGGUGAAAGGGAGAAAAAGCCAUCCAUUUGAAAAAUACCAAACAAUUGUUCUUAACAUUAGUUUUAUUUCAAUUGUCUUUUUUUUCUCUCUGACAUUUUUUUUUUCUCUUAUGAAUUUUGUGUGUAUUUGUUUUUGCUCACAUGCCAAUCUGGACAUGGUACUAAUAUGCCGAGUCCCUGUCCGUUUUUAACCAUAGUGAAGAAAAAGCUGCAUUGCUGCAAAAACAUAUUUAUUGUUGUUAUAAUGUAGCUUGUGUUUUGUAAAUGCACUAUAAUAUGGAGUUGCCUGAUUUUUUGGUUUGGUGAUGUGGGUUAUUCUUGUCCUAGAUUUUGUGUUUCUUAUCAGUUUCAAGUAUUUUCAUGCUUCCUUGUGUAUUAUUGGAGGGUGACUUGACUGUUUGUGUUGCUUUUUUUUCUUUCCUUUUCGUAUGAAAACCUCCAUCCAAAAAACUACAGAUGGAUGAAAAUGGAGGUUCGCUAGUUCACAUAGAAUGCUGUGAUUAAAGAUGCCUUAAGUAUUUAACAAUCAUUAUUUAUUACUAACUGUAGCUAGCUAGCUAUUGUGGUGGAAUAUUUAAUGUCUCUAUCUCAUAACUUUGCAAUUUAAUCAAUAUAUUUAUUUAAAAUAACACAAAAUAUAAAAAAAAAAGAAUACCUCAUUAUGCAUUGGUCGGUGGGGAUGCUUCUUGCAUGCCGUCUGUGUUUUCUUUUUCAAAGGAGAAAAAAAAGAAAAUUGUCAAAAAAUUGACCGGGGGUGUUGCCCAACACAUUUUCUAGCCAGCACGGUGCUGUUGAUCAAGAUUACAUUCCAUUCAUGUCAUCUCUUGAUUUUCUUUUUAAUUUUUUCCCCUCCGAUUGUGUCGAUCCCCUGCUUUGAUCCAAAGCGGAUGACGGGGUACGACUCCUUUUCGUCUCAGUGUGGCUCCACGACUUGGCUCGCUUUUCUCGUACGACAGCGCGUUGUUUCCCAUAAUCAGUCAUCAUUUUAACAUUUCACAAUUUUCUGUUGUUUUACCACGAGCACAUUCAUGACACUCGAUCAUAUCUGGAUCUCAGUUCAGUGCUUAUUAUUUACGGAACCCACGUAACGAGCUGUAUUAUUUGUUCUUACGUAUUGCUGGCAGUUGCUUUGUGUGGGACUUUUUGGAAGUACGUAACAUGCUAACUUGAGCCAUUGAUCUUAUUGAGCAAACUCCUGGUGUACUGUGGUUAUACAAUAUAGAUAGCGUGUUUUACACCUGGGUAUAAUAAGCUAACUACGUUUUCGGUGUGCAUUUUCUUAUUAAUACUAAUCCCGCAAAUUAUUAUAACAUGUAUUGGAUUGGAUUGAAGCUGGCUGACCUAACUAUUAUUCUUAUUUCAUUUCGUGCUCUCACUGGCCUUACCCCACGCCCUCCACAGUGUACCCCCAUAACUCCAGCGCUAACUGGACAGUAGCCAUAGUAUUAACUCAAGCUGAUGAACCGGAAUGAACAGUAGAACUUAAAGCACAAGCUUUUUAAUGCAUGUCCUUCUCAGGUUUUCCUAUGUGUAUGUGGGAGUAGCUCUGUAGAUGUGUUUAAUAUGAUGCUGUACCUUCUUGAAUAUUUCAGAUGUUUCUUUGCUGCUGAAAAAAAAAAAGUCGAUUAUUAACCUGCCAGUGAAAAAGGGAAGUGGCCAUCUUUGUACAACACACUGCUGUUUUGCUGUAACCGCGCAAUGUUUUAUGAUCUUGAGUAUUUUAUAGAAAAGUAGAAAGUAUGUAUCAAUAAUAUGAAAGCAAUAGCUAAAUCAUAAUGAAGAAUAACAUGAUCAGUGAAUAUUGUGGAAAAUCUUUAGAUUCACUCUGGGUGGAUUUUGUACUGUAUUUAUUACUAAUGAUGAUGCAAAAAGUUGCAUAGCUUAACCCAAACUGUUCUGUCUCUUUUUUAUUUAUUGUCUUGUAUAUGAUCUUUUUGUAUGUGUUUUUCAAAUAAACCGCCUAAAAUGCUGAGAA